AUGAAGCUCACGACCAUCUUUUCGGUUCUGGGCCUAGCCUCCGCGGCGGUUGCCAAACCAUUGGCCUCCAAAACACCGACCACCUUCGCCCGUCGUGUUGUUUUCGAGCCUCCGAGGGAUAAGAAUUGGACAGAUCCGGGAGUUCUCUACGCUCGUAGUGCGCAAUUGCCCAAUGGCGACCUCCUAGCCACAUGGGAGAACUACAGCCCCGAGCCGCCCAUGGUGUACUUCCCCAUCUACAAAUCCACCGACCAUGGCUACACCUGGAAGGAGCUUUCCAGAGUACAAGACACCCAGAAUGGCUGGGGUCUACGCUACCAGCCUUUCCUCUACGUCUUGCCUGAGGCGCUGGCAGGAUUCCCUGCCGGCACAGUGCUCCUGUCCGGAUCUUCCAUCCCCAAGGAUCUGUCCAAGACCCAAAUCGAACUCUACGCUUCGCGCGACAGCGGCAAGACAUGGAAAUUCGUCUCCCACAUCGCGGCCGGCGGCGUCGCGCUCCCCAACAACGGCGAAACCCCCGUCUGGGAACCCUUUCUCUACAAGCACAAGAAUACGCUCAUCUGCUACUACUCGGAUCAGCGUGACAACGCCACCCACGGCCAGAAGAUGGUGCACCAGACCACCAAGGACCUGAAGAAAUGGGGCCCCGUCAUCGACGAUGUCGCCUACCCCGAGUACACCGACCGGCCCGGCAUGCCGACCGUAGCUAAGCUGCCCAAUGGUCAGUUCAUCAUGACCUACGAGUAUGGCGGCUUCCACAACACCACCACCUACUCCUUCCCUGUGCAUUACAAGAUCGUGUCGGACCCGGAGAAGUUCGGUCCUGCGACCGGCCUGGAACUCAAGGCCACGGACGGUACUAUCCCCAUCGGGUCUCCCUACGUUGUCUGGAGCCCCGUUGGCGGCAAGAAUGGAACUAUCAUUGCGUCCGGAUCCUCGAAUACCGAGAUCUUUGUCAACACGAAGCUCGGAGCACAAGGCGCAUGGAAGAAGGUUGCGAGCCCUGAGGCGACGCAUUACACGAGGCAUCUGAGGGUGUUGCAUGAUCCGACAAAGUUGCUGAUCAUGGGCGGUGGAAAGCUUCCGCCUAGCACCACGAAUAAGGUGCAGCUUAGCGUUAUGGACAUUAGCAAGCUAUAG